AACCAUUCCCCGGUAACCAUUCUUUCUUUCCAACCUCACAAUCCCUUUGAAACCAAGUUUCUUUUAUCUCUUCCCCUUACCUUCUCAGCGCAGAAUAUCCACCGGACAGAGAGAACAAAAAUCGAAGAAAAACGAAGGAAAAAAUAAAAAUAAAGAGAGCAAACGGGAAACGAAAACAUCACCAUCACCUCAUCAACAUCAAACAUCAUUCUCUCUCACAGUACUCCACUCAGUCACUCACUCAGUAACCCCCCGUCUCUCUCUCUCUCUCUCUCUGCUAGCUGUUUCCGGGUGAUGCUAGCUGGGAAUUGAAUCUAAACGCACAGAGAAGAACCCUAGAAAAAUUAAUGGCUGUUCUAAUCCACAUUCCCCAUAUCGCCCCUUUAACUCCGCUCUUUUUGCUGCUCCUUCUAUCCCACGCACCUCUGCCCAUCCUCGCCUUGAACAUUACCAACCUGCUAUCUUCCUUCCCGGAGCUAUCCUCCUUCGCGUCCCUCAUCUCCUCCACCAAUAUCUCCUCCGAUUUCUCCCACCGUACAUCUGUAACUCUUCUCGCCGUCCCCAACCCUUACGUAUCGUCGUCUGACGUCCUCACGCGCCGUCUCUCUUCCACCUCCCUCGCCGACGUCCUUCGCUACCACGUCCUUCUGCAGUACUUCUCCUGGUCUGACCUCCAGAAGAUUCCUCCAUCCGGCGUCCUCGUCACCACCCUCUUCCAGACCACCGGCCGCGCUACCAGCAACUACGGCUCUGUCAACAUCACCCGCAACCCUACCAGCGGCGUUGUCUCGAUCCACUCCCCUGAGCCUUACUCCCCUUCAAACGCCACCGUUCUCUCCCUCGUCAAAACCCUUCCCUAUAAUGUCACCAUCUUGGCCGUCAAUUCCCUCCUCGUCCCCUCCAACUUCGAUCUCAUGGCCUCCGAGACCCACCCGACCCUGGGGCUGAACAUCACCAAGGCCUUGAUCGACGGCCACAACUUCAACGUCGCGGCAUCGAUGUUGUCUGCCUCUGGCGUGGUGGAGGAGUUCGAGGCCGACGAGGGCGGGGCUGGGAUAACGCUCUUCGUCCCUGUGGACACCGCCUUCGCCGAUCUUCCGGCCACCGUGAGGCUUCAGUCUCUCGCAGCAGAUAAGAAAGCGGUAGUCUUGAAGUUCCACGUGCUGCACUCCUACUAUCCAUUGGGUUCUCUGGAGUCAAUUGUGAACCCGGUCCAACCCACAUUGGCCACAGAGGCCACGGGGGCCGGGAGCUUCACCCUCAACAUUUCUAGGAUUAAUGGGUCUGUCGCGAUCGAUACUGGAGUCGUUCAGGCUUCGGUGACUCAGACCGUUUUCGAUCAGAACCCUGUGGCAAUCUUCGGUGUCUCGGAAGUGCUAUUGCCGAGGGAGAUCUUUGGUAAAGGUCCUAUGGGGAAUGGCAAGCCUGGAAGCACCGUAAUGUACGGUGCUCAACCGCCCGAUAGCGCUCUCUCGCCAGAGAACUCUCCGGGACUGAAUAACCCGCCCUCACAUCUGUCGUCUCCACCUGGUUUCCGUGAAGAUAUCACAUCAGGAGCUGCUACCGGUAAUGGUGGUGACCUACGGAGCUUGGUACUCGCUCUGUGUUGUAUAGCAUUGAAUGUAGUUGUAUGAGAUUAAUUAUUUUGCCUCAUAAUUAUUGAUUUUUUUUUUUACACGGUGAAUUGAAUUGGCAAAUUGGGAUAUGCAUAACCAGCCCCCCCUCCCUCUUUUCUUUUCAAUUUUUCCUUAUUGAAUGUCAAUUGUGUUAAUGUUUGAAUAACAUAUAUAUAUAAAAAAAAAGCAGCAAUUUUGU